AUGGCCCGCGGACAUGGUAUCAGCAGUGCGCAAAAAGGCCGUGAAACAUUGGCAGAUGCCAUCGAAAAGGCCGUCCCGUUCGAGAUCCCCUGCGAUAAGUAUACUAGGACUACAGAAGCGAUGCGACGGCUCCGUCACCUAUGCAAACUCUACAACAAGGGGUGGAAAGAGGGUAUUGCUGUACUGAGUUGUAGGUGGGCAGAGUUGCAGAAGGUAGCCGAAGUGCCGGAGGUGCGUCGGUACCUGUCUGAGCGGGAUAAUUUUUUCAAGGAGGCGGAAAGACUGGGUCUCAUGCAGCCCUUUCACUAUCAGUCGGCCUCCACGCAAGAGCGGAAAUGGGUUGAAAAGGAUGGAAAUACACCCAAAUCUCUCACGACUCAAUCUUGGUUCAAACAAGAGGUAGAGUGGACGAAGAAGCACUGA